AUGAAAACCUCAUCUCCGAAGGUUAAUUCAAGCGAGGUUCAAAAAAUAAAUAAAACAACAAAUGUCUAUGUUGAAUUGAUGAUUCCAAAACCUGAGCAGUUAACUCGAAACAGAACUUCGUAAAUUCAGUCUCGCGUCCAACGACAACGGGCACUUACGCGAUUGAAAAGUUCAGUUGGGUUUGUAAAUUUCGGCCAGUUUAUUGUCAAGCUCAUUGGGCUUAAACCAACAAUACUGCAUAGGCCUGCUUUCUUUUUAGCCCAAUAACCAGUGAAGUACUUUUUUGUUCCCCUGACACUUAUUUUUUAAUUCUACCGUGUAGAAAACGGGCGCCGUAUAGAGUUCAAGCACAGGUCACUCACCCUCGAGUCAUUUUCUUUUGGGGAGUCGGGGAGGGGCAAUCGUAGCCAGCAGGGAAUGCUUAAUGGGUAAAAAACAAGACUGCUGAAGGAUGGAUCAUCAUCCCAUGAAAUUGCGGAUGUCUUCUUCCGGUUCCAUGUUGCAAACUGCUAUUCUACCAUCAUCCUCCUGCAUGCUUCCCCACAACACACACGUCAAUAAGGCCAUGACUAAUAGUCUAAUACAUGAACUUGCGUCAUCUGGUGUGUUGGUUAAUACUUCCUACUUUCCACCUACGCUACGAAUUUGUUUCUGCCCCAUUCCAAUCCAAACCAUGGAAUUCAAUCCUCAAGAAAAGCAAUGGCGCCUCUUUAAGUUCAAGCUCCAGUUCUUUUCCGUCGUUCCAUUUCUGUGCAUUCACCUUUCUUCUUCAGCUGUUUUAGCUCCCAUUCUCCAGGAUCCUUCCACUCGGCUUCAGUUUCUGUCACUUUACUUGAGAACCCCUUACCAGCAGCCCACAAAACUACUCGUUGACCUCACUGCCCCUUUCAGCUGGGUGGAAUGUACCUGCAGCAACCGCUCUUCCUGUACGUACCGCUACCACCCGCUUCCCUGCGCUUCUCCUCUUUGCAACUGGCUCAAUUCACCCGCUUGUUCAAACUGCUCUUCUGAACCCACCGAUCCCAUUUGCUCCGACGGCUUGUGCCAUCUCUUCUUCGCAAGACCAAGGAACCGGAAAAGAGUGAGGGUGCAGGCACUAGCUGACUCCCUGGCACUACCCGUCACCAACGGUCGCAACCCGGGUCAGCUCGAGGUCGUCCCCGAAUUUGUAUUCUCAUGUUCUGAGAGGUCAUUACUCAAAGGCCAUGUCCCCAGAGGUGUCACCGGCUUGGCAGCCCUUGGCCAGUCCAAAUUCUCGCUGCCGGCCCAAGUUAGCAAUUCUCUAUCUUCCCCAAAUGUUUUUGCUCUGUGCCCGUCGGAUUCACCGUCGGCUCCGGGAGUGGCUUUUUUCGGUACUAGAGGUCCAUAUUUCUUUCUGCCCGAUAUUGACCUCUCAAAACAUCUGAAUUACACUCCACUCCUUAUCUCAACCGACGAAGACGAAGCAUACCUCAUCGGCUUGACUUCCAUAAGAGUCAACGGCAGAGUCGCCGUGAAACUAAACCGGAGCGUCCUGACCGUCGAUGAGAAUGGUUUUGGUGGGACCACGCUCAGCCUGUCAACUCCAUACACCGUAUUAGAGUCUUCAAUCUACGCGAGUUUAGUUGAGGCGUUCGUGAACGAAUCUGCAGCUGCCGCCUUCAAGCUCACCGCAACGCAGCCCGUGAGUCCAUUUAGCGUGUGUUAUGAUGCGGGGGAUGUUCUGGUAACGAGCGCUGGACCGGCAGUACCGACCAUUGAUCUGGUGAUGCAGUCUAAUGACGUAGUUUGGAGAAUAUUGGGAUCAAAUUCGAUGGUUAGGAUGGCGAGGGAGGGAGUAGAUGUGUGGUGCUUGGCUUUAUUGGACGGUGGGGCGAAUCCUCCGGCGACGAUUGUCAUCGGGGGGCAACAGAUGGUGGACAAUCUACUACAGUUUGACCUGGAUUCUCAGCAGCUAGGAUUUAGCUCUUCGGUGUUGGUACACGAUACCAUGUGCGCCAACUUCAACUUCACGGUUAACACUUAACAGCAGCAUAUCCCUUAACUUAUUAGAAAUACAAGAAUGAAUAUAUGCUACUCCAGUCCACUAUUAAGUCUUAUCGUUGAAUCGGUAAAAGAUUUGGAUUACGUAAUUAGAAAAGUUGGAAGCCUUUAAUGUACGACUGCCGCUUUAAUUUCAUCGA